AUGAACCGUCCUGCUCCAGUGGAAAUAUCUUAUGAGUGUAUGCGUUUUCUAAUUACUCACAAUCCAACAAAUGCCACCCUCAACAAAUUCACAGAGGAGCUGAAGAAAUAUGGAGUCACCACUGUAGUGAGGGUCUGUGAAGCCACAUAUGAUAAGGCUCCGGUAGAAAAGGAAGGCAUCCAAGUGCUAGACUGGCCAUUUGAUGAUGGAGCGCCACCCCCUACACAAAUAGUUGAGGAUUGGCUGAAUCUAUUAAAAAACAAAUUUCGAGAAGAACCACGCUCCUGCAUUGCUGUCCACUGUGUGGCAGGAUUGGGCAGGGCCCCUGUGCUGGUUGCUCUAGCGCUGAUUGAAUGUGGGAUGAAGUACGAGGACGCUGUGCAGUUUAUCAGGGAAAAGCGGAGAGGAGCAUUUAACGCCAAACAGUUGCUGUAUCUGGAAAAGUACAAGCCCAAGAUGCGCCUACGAUUCAAGGAAACCAACGGACACUGCUGUAUGCAAUAA